AUGUUGUCAGCUCCAGUGAGAUCGGCGAGGCGGAUAUCCUCGCUCUUCUCUUUGGGAUCCCACAAAGAGAGCCCUCCGACGCCGUCAUCUCCAGUGUCCCCGAGCAUACCGAAGCAAUCUCCUGACCAAUACCCGCAAGAUGCCCAACAGCGUCCGGGAAGCAGCUCCCGCCCCGCGCGUUUAGUGUCAAACCCCAUGUCCGAAUAUUCCGACGCUCGGAGCAUCCGAUCCUCAGCACCCAUCGAUCAUCUUGACCUGGAUGAACCGUUACCCCCGCCUCCGUCCCUGCUGGCCGUGAACCAGGAUCUUGCGACCAGUGCCAAUAGCGCCCCGGAUGGUCGCCCACAGAGCAGAGGCCGGUCAGGAAGCAGACCCUCCAGUUCCGGCGGAUUAUUCGUCCCCGGCACUGCACCAGAUUCGCGCCCAGGCACGCCCUCGAAACGUCGCAGUUGGAUUCCCGGUCGAGCACGAGCCAGUUCAAUCGAUAAUCGUCCGCAAAGUACCAGUACGCAAACUACGCAGAUGCCCAGUGCCUGGAUCGCUGGCUUAGACCAGAAGAUUCUCUAUGAUAUCGGGCCGUUGAUCCCCGAACUGUGGAAUGAAAGUGGCGACACCUUUGUCUAUCUCUUCCCACAAAACACCGGGCGGUCGCCCUCCUUCAAAGUCCACUCCACCAUCUUCGCGGAAUCGCCAUCCCUCACCUUCCUCGCUCGCGGUACCGAUGCCAACAAACUCGACUCACAGACCCGUUCCAUAUCGCUGGGCAGUCCGACGACAGGGCCGGCGUCGCCACCCUUGACCCCACAGGAUCAAUACGCCGACCACGAUAAUGAGAGCACUGGCAGUAGGCGGAUGGCUUUUGUGGAGGAUGAGGGGCUGGAGGACGAGCAAGAACUGCAUCUCUACCUACCGAUUCCCCUGAAUAGCGACGUCUCUAGCUCCGAGAAUCGAACGUCGUCGGAGGAUACCGAGACUCUCGUCCUGUUCCGCAACCUUUUCGCCUUCUUGCUCGGUCAGUCGUUGGUGGCCACCCCCCGAUCUCCCACCCUUUUCUCCAUCUUCAUGGACGUUGCCAGCUUGCUAUCUCGAUUCGAAUUCAGCAACUUUGACGGCACCAACUUCGGCGAGACGGCAACCAGCAGUUUCAGCAACUAUUGCGAUGAACUGCACCUGGCGGAUGUCCGCAAGAGUCGGGAGAAGACCAUCGAGGCCAUCAUCCUGGGAGAGCGCCUGCGGUUCUUCCCCCUGUAUCUCGAAGGCUUUGUCCACGGAGUCGGCAAGCUGGACGAGUUGAAGCAACUCCGGAGUCCCAAAUACACCCUCAUCAGCCCCGUCACUCAGAAACGGAUGGAACGCGGCUUCAUCGAUCUUGAUACCCGACUCCGCAUCCUGCAUAGUAAACUGAACGAAUUCGAAUUUCCCUCGGUCUUCUCCGGCGUUGCCAAUUCCACCACCUCCGCCGAGAGUAAGGUGGUGAAGUUCAAACUGUGGAAGGUCGCCUUCAUGGAGUUCCGGCGGUUUACCAUGCAGUACUAUCGCACCAAGUACGGCUCCUGGCCCCCCAAGGCGCGGUCGAAGAAGAAUCACUUCGAGGAGAGUGGACUCAAUCGUCAGGUCCUGAAAGAUCUGUACGACGACUUUGCCAAUCUCUACGAUAUGCUGGUCGAUCGAACGGCUCUCACCACCCGCACCGUCGACAUGGCCGCGGACGGCGAAGUGUCAGCCGACCCGCAUGAGACCAUGACCCGGGCGCUGCGCCAGGUCCUAAGCGAGUACGACCGCGCCACACCGCCGGUCCAGCCACCCAUCCCCUUCGAUGUGCCGCAGUUCCCGUCGUUGGAGGCGCUACAGCUGAAGCCCGCGGAUCCCAAGAAGGAUGCCAAGCGCCGGGCCAAGAAGCUGAAAGACGCCGACAUCAACGCCGUGCUGAUGGGAUCAUAUACCCGGGAGAGCAUGCGACCCACUCCGUUCAUUGAAGCCUUCAUGCAAUUCGAGCGGCGCAGUGCGCAUGGCAAGAACCUCGAAGACCUGAUCGAUCACCGGUGUGGUCAGUGGAUCUUCCUCUACUGCGUCAUCCAGGCCCUUCCCCUGCUCGUCGUGGAUGUUCAAGAUGUCAAGUAUACCGAGGGUGUGGAGUACCUCCUCUGCAUCGCCCCUCGUGGCGGUGCCCCUUGGAUUCAUAACGAUGGCAAGACCGCGCGCAGCUGGUUCGGUGUCGCUGGUGGAGCCGGCGUCGUCAGCUUACCGUCCGAUGUCGUGGUCAACGGCGUCGAGGGCAUCUACCGACGCAGUCACUGCUGGCAGGUCGCCGAGCAGUGGGCGGAGAAGGACGAUAUCCUGGGCCCCCCAACCAUCGAUGACCCGUACGACGAUGAGUCCUCGCUUUCAUCCCCGUACCCCGGCCAGCCAUCAUCUGGGGGCUCGUCGACUGAGCAACAGUUGCAGCAACCGAUGUCGCUCAUGGGACCUGGCGGGCUCACCCCACCGCCUGUGAUUCCUCGCACGAGCUCACCUGCUGCCCGAGCACGUGCUGAGCAUCGUCAUUCCAUCUACCCGGGUCUGGAAGCGCUCCCGUUACCAGCAGGAGUUGCGCCAGUGGAUCCUCCUGCCAGACCGAUCAGUCGAUUUAACCCUAACAUGAGCUUCGAUGAUAUCUUGAAGCAGGUGCCGAAUCAGAAGGCGAAGAAGUGA